AACCAAACAACGACGAAUAAGUGUUUACGGUAAUGCGUUUGCUCACCACGAAGUCCCAACUGCUCAAGAGAAUAAUGUGAAGUAUAUCGUUUGUCUUUUGAAGUGCUAUUCGGACGGUUCAGAUAUUCAAAAAAAAAUUUUUUAGUCGGCGCCAGUUUCAGCCUCAAAAUAUCUAUAGCCCAUAAAAUGUUGAAGUGCAACUCUCUUCAGGUACGGUUAACCUCCAUUAUGGAAAUAUUAGCAAAGACAGCGGUUGUACAAAUCGAGAAACUGCUUGAAGAAAACUGCGCCGUUAUACGUUUGGAGAUGUACAGAUGUCAAAUUGAGAACGAGAAGCUAAAAAGGAAACUCCGACUGAUGGAAUGUGAACUCGGGACAGCGCGAGGGUGCGGAGAAGUAACCGGUGCGCAGGAGCGUUGCGCAGAGAAGGGAUGGUCUUCCCACGCAGAAAGAAUCUUUGGGCAGGAGUGGAGCUUCAGUCUGAGGAGAGAGGGAGAACUCGCAGACGUGCAGGAGAUAGACUCACCCCAACAAUCCAGCGUCCUGCGGAAACAGUCUGCAGACAUGGAGAAGGUCAGGCCUGAACCAGUUCUUAUCAAGCAGGAGAGACUGGAAGAGGGCUUGUGUUACAGAGACCCACAGCCCACACCUGGAGGAGAGGAACAGGUAACACUGCCCACACCUGCAACAGAGGAACAGGUAACACUGCCCACACCUGCAACAGAGGAACAGGUAACACAGCCCACACCUGUAGAAGAUGAGAAGAAACUGGACACAGAGCCCACACCUGCAGGAGACCCAGAGGAGCUGAGUGAGCAGCACAGGUGUGAACACGGUGAUGAGGAGCUCAGUGAACUGGAGUUUGUGGUGAAGGCAGAGCAAGAGGAAGAGCAUGUAGCCCAGAGACUCAAUGAGACAGGAUGUGAACACAGCACAGGAAGACUCAACAAUCUGGGCUCUGAGUGUGUAAUGUAUGAGAGAGACAGUCUGCUGUGGACUUCCUUUACACAAGAGGACAGUGACAUAGAGACUGAUGAUCCAGUUUGUUCUAACACCACAGAACAGUGCUUACAGGAUCUGUCAAUACACACACAGCUACAACAUGCUUCUGCCACCAUGGAAGUCUCUGGAAACACACUGUCCUCUUUUGGGCCUUCAUAUGUUGAGGAGUUUGAUAAGAUGAGUGAGAAGCCGUCUGUUUGCAGUGAGGAGCUCAGAUCAGAGGCCAUUUACACACAGCAGGGUCAGUACAGAGAGAGACUUGUGCACACAGUGGAGAGAGAGAAUCAGACAUUGCUGCCCCAGCAGCAGCAACAUGGACCCUCAGUAAAACACAUGAGAGGCAGCGAGAGCCCAGCCCAGCCACACUCAGGCUCUCAGUAUGAGACCGACUCUACUCUGAGUACCAGUGUUUUCAAUGACAGGAAUAAGGGGAAGACUAUAAGGAUGCCUGGCUUCAGAGAGAGACUGUUCAGUUGUACGCAGUGCGGAAAGAGGUUUGAUCGCUACAGUCACCUUAAAUUACAUCAGAGAAGCCACACAGGGGAGAAACCGUACAGCUGUACUCACUGUGGAAAGCGAUUCAGUCUGCGGUGUAAUCUUGGCACUCAUCAGCGAAUUCACACUGGUGAGAAACCGUUCUGCUGCGCACAUUGCGGGAUGUGCUUUGCCCAGAAAUCUAGUCUAAAGACACACCAGCGAAUUCAUACAGGAGAGAGACCGUUUAUUUGCAUUCAGUGUGGGAAGAGUUUCACUCAGUCAAGUAGCCUGAAAACACACCAGAGAGUUCACAGCAGAAAUGGACUAAUUUGAUUCAUACACUGAGUAAUUAUUUAUUAGCAAAAAAAAGAAACAAAAAACACUGUAAAAUCUGUAGCAGGGGCCUGUACCUCGAAGCAGGAUUACUGAGUCGGCUGGAUAACUGCUCUGAGUAAAACCCGGAACCCACACAAAUCUGGAACAUGGACUGAAGUAGAAAGAGCCACUCCGGGUUUUACUCAGUGCAGUUAUCCAGCUAACUCGGUAAUCCUGCCCUGUAGUACAGGCCCCCGGCUCAGGGAUGGAAGUUUUCAUUCUUCCAGGUACAGGUACGUACAUUUAAUUUCCGGAGUCAUCCAAGACUCACUCGCAAACCUGCUCGACUGGAAUGCCUCCUUUCAUGUUUACUUUGCACUUCCACUGUAAGGUGUAAAAGUCAAUAAAACAUGAUUUUACAGGCAGGAAACCUAAGUACUGGAAAACAACAUGGUGUUAUGGAUAACAUUAAUUAUGUAGCACUCAUUUGAAACUCCCUUGCAGCUCAUAAAAUGCUCUUUCAGGCCUGAAUAUUGAGGUGAUUCCUGUGUGUUAGUUUUAAACAGUGUGUCACGUAGACAGGUGUCCUUAAUUACAUUUGUUUUAACUCACAGCUGCUGGACCAGUCUGUUAGAAUGUGCACAGUUUUGGGCCUGUUGGCGGGCCUGUAUUUUUCUGGACUUUUGAUUGGAGGACUGGAAAGCAUGUGACCACAUCUGUCCAUUUUUGAGCACGCAACUGAAGGUUAAUACUGUUAUUAAUGUUAACAUGAUUGCAUCAAUAAACACAGUACUUUUUAAAAAUGA